AUAAUGGGAAAAUGGGGGAAAAGGAAAGAAAAGCAUCCUCCCCUUGUUUCAGAUUCAUGAAUAUGCAGAAGAAAGAAUAUGAUGAAAAAAACCAACAUCACACAGUCCACAGCCAAGACAGGGAGAGGGAGCCCUAUAAAAUAAGGUACUUUCAAACUAACAAAAAAACUCUCUUCAAUUCAACCAGCCCCUCCAUUUUUAUCUAAUCUCCUUCCAUAUGGCAAAAAUAGGCAAAGAAAAGAGAUGAAAUUUUCUGGAUCAAACCCUCAAAAUUUUAUCUUUCCAAUUACUACUUACUAGUCUUCCCUUUUCUGUCUUUCUCUAGAAGUCUAGAAUUCUCUCUCUUUGCAGAAAAAAGGGUGAAGAAACAGAGAAACUCCACACAACACCCAUCAAUGACAAGGAAGAGUCUAUACCACCCAAAUUCUGUCCGUCUUUCUUUCUUUCUUUCUCUCUCAUUAAUGGCCCAGCUGGACCAAAAUUUAUGUUGAAGAAAAACCAAAAAAGAAAGAAAGAAAGAAAAGAAAGUGAAGAUGGAUGAGAUGGAUAGAUGUCUUCUAAUGUCCUCCAACCAAACCCACCUCACAGACACACACGCACACAAACAAACCCUUUUCUUUUUCUUCUCAACUCAGUAUUAAAAAUGGGUGUUCCCUCAAUUACCCUUCUGCAACCCCCAAAAAAUCCUUCCCCCAUCUUCAUCACUGUCUCUGAAAAGAACAAUAUUUUUCACCGAGUUAUGUGGGCUUUUUUGGGUUUUAGUUGGCUUGGUCAGAGCUUCACAGAGAAAACAGGAAACCAAGAACCUUCACCCCAAUUCCCAUCAAUUUCUCCUUUUCUCUUUCUAUUUCUCUUUUCUCUUUCUUCUUCUUUGUCCUUGCCUCUUCACCCACUUUCUCAAUUUUUCUUCCCUACCUGUCUUCCUUCUUCGUUACCCAUCUUCCUUUCUCUCCCUCUUCCCCCCUAAUCUAAAACUUCGGCUAUCUUCUCUUCUGGGUUCUUAAUUUUUUUCCUACCUUCCCAUCUAUGAAGAAGAUGAAAGGGGUUGUCUCCCAAUACCCUGUGUUUGAGGAUUCCAAGACCAGAUUCAAGCAUCAGAGUCUCCUCCAAGAUUAUCAGGACUUGGAGAAGUUGAUUUUUUUUUCCUUCCAGGAAACAGGAACUGUCAAGAGGAAAUUACAGAUGAUGAAGCUAAAGAAGAUGACCCUGAUUGCAGAAGUCCGAUUCUUGAGGAAGAGAUAUGAGUACUUAAUGAAGAACCAAUUAUCAACAAACGACCAUUAUUCAAAUAGAGAGCCCGUGCAGCAGAAGCAAUUGAAUAAUCAAGUGGCUAACAACAAUAAGAAGGGGAAGAAUGGUGCGAGAAGAAGAACUGUUUUACAACCCCUCCCAACCAUCUCUGAUGUAAACCAAAAGGAAAGAAUUGACAAAGGAAUCGAUAUGCCUCUUCAGAAUUCUACUCCAAUUCCUGUUCUUGACUUAAACCAGAAGGCAAAGACUUCUUCUAGGAAGAAAGCCAAUCAACAAAACUCGACGCCGGUUUUCGACUUGAACCAGAAGGAAAGAAUGUACAGUGGAAGAGAUGCUAGCGAGAGAAACAUCACUCCAUUUUUUGACUUGAACCAAAUUUCGAUAGAGGAAGAGGAAUUGCAGACCAAUUAUGAGCCACUGAGAGUUGAUGAGCUGAAGAAAAGCCUUCUCCGAGGAGGGAACGACGAGCAGCAAAACGAUAUCAAGAUUUCGGCGUGCAGGAGUAUUGGAGAUGGCCCGAGUCGAGCUGGUAAAAGAAAGAUUUCAUGGCAAGAUCAGGUGGCUUUAAGGGUUUGAGCUCAUUUUCAUCUCCAGUGUCACUUAGAACUCUACUAUUUGGGUGGUAGGCUUGAGGCAUUUCCUUUGCCUGAAAGCCAUCAUAGUUGAUUGUAAUUCCUUCUCUGAUUCUGUAUUUUUCUAUGUAAAGGGAAAGUAGUAUUUGUACAUGUUAAUACAUUUAAAAAGAAUGAUGAUGAGAUAUGGAGAAGAAUCAAAGUGGCAAUCCUUCAAUCUACUGUC